AUGGAAACAGAGCUGCGAAAGUACGAGAGAUACUCGCGUGAUCUGAAAUGGCUGCUCGUUUUGUCUGGUGUCUGGCCGGACUUUCAUCCGGUUAUCCAACCCAUGCUCGGCUGUUUCGCGGUUCUCGUAUGCUCCCUCACCGCGAUCGCCGUUUUGAAUUUCAGUAUUCAUCAUAUCACUAAUUUUGUCGUGAUGACCAAGUCUUGUUCCAUAGCUAUAGGCCUCUGUUUGUCCACUCUGAAGCUCUGCGCCUGCUUGUGGCACCACGACGACCUCGUCUACCUGAACACGUCUCUCGCCGCCAGCUUCAACGCCGACAAUCAGAACAAGUCCUUUCGACGCUUUACCCUGGCCAAGGUCAAUGUCUUCGCCAACCUUUUCUACAUCCUGACCAUCGCCGUGGGUCUGGUCAUCGUCAUGGGCCUAGUUUUCAUGAUCCUUUCACUUCUUCACGGCAAAUACGUCUUGGUCUGGCCAUCGAUCUUUCCGUUUAGUUACGAGCCCGGUGGUUGGGUCUAUUGGAUAUUACUCACGGUUCAGUUGUUGGCCAACUUUUUUGCUUGGACAGUGCCCAGUGGGGUGGACUCGGUUUUCGGCUGGUACACUUUGCAGAUCUGCGGAGAGUUCAGGGUCCUGGCUCACAAGUUUCAGAAUUUGAAGAUCUCGGAAAACUACCAGGAUGACCUAAAAGAGUGUCUGGAGAGACACUACGCCUUGAUGAAGUCGGGAGAGGUACUGCAGGACGUGUUUGGAUUUCUGGCGAUAUUAGUAGGUCUUAGCAGUGCGAUAAUCCAGUGCAUGCUUAUUUUUCAAGCUAUCCAGGUAUUCCAACAAUUGAGCUUCGGUAUGAUGAUCUUAAUAUUUGCAUUCAUCACACUUAAACACGUCCAAGUCUUCAUUUACGCGUGGUACGGACAACUUAUAGCCGAUGAGAGCGAAGAUUGCAUCGAGGCGAUGUACAACGCUCAGUGGGCUGGAUCCGGAAACAUUCGCUUCAUGAGAGACGUACUCGUGGUUCUCUCGCAGAAGCCGAUGAUAUUUCGAGCUAAGGGCUGUAUGUUACUAAAGAUGGACAUGUUUAUCAAGGUUCUAAAUACAUCUGUAUCAUACUUUUUCCUACUUCAAACGUUGGACGAAGGGUUGCAGAAUUAG